GUAUACGCGGCUACGUUCAGGUUGCAUCCAGUGGCGCGUGCAGCAGCGGAGGCGAGAGCGUUUUACAGAGUCUCGGAGGAAUAUCGAUGGCCGGGACGAGGUGCGUCGACGACGACGACGACGGCGAAUCUUCACGGGCGAAUCUGGACGUGCGCGAGUAGAAGGCGAAAGUCCUGUCUUCUUCCGCGCGCGUGACCCAACCGGAGGAGAUCGAGUAGAAUUUCGAUCUCCGCGUAUCCGCGCCGAUUGCACCCGGGCGGCGUAGCACCCUCCCGUCGCGCGCGCUCUCUCAGCCGUCUUCCGUUCUCUCAUCAUGAUACCCGUCGGUGUGCAUCAGCUGCAGCGAUCCACUGGCCUUCGCAACGUCCGCGAUACGAACGUCCAACGGAACCCCCGCGCGAUGUAUCGGGUCAGAGUCUGCAAUCCGGACUAAGGACGCGAUGACGACGCGCUGGGCAGGCCAGGAAAGUCGUACCGCAAAUGCAGUCUUGUUGCACUAUGACGGUUGCAUCGAGGGGACUGAUAUCUCACGGCUGAAAUCGCCUUGUGAAAUCGCCAUUCAUCGCGCGGCCUUCGAAUACGAAGCUUCCGCGGGAAAAACGAUCGCGCGUGGCGUGUGCACGCUUCAGUACGACGCCGACCGUCGCCGGAUGAGGACCAUCUGUUGUCACUAGUUGCUGUGCUCCGUGUGUAACCGGUCGAUCGACGAAGCUCACGUUCUCAUUUAUAAUCAGCAGCAACGAGAAAAUCAGAGAACAGAUCGACGUUCUUCUUAGAACAAACGGGACUCGAACUGAUCGACGGGAAAAUUACGUUAACUCCAAUAUCGGAUAUACACGAAGAGGAAAAAUGCAGAACGUAUUUGAGGUCGACGAUAAUGACGUCAUUUAUAAAGAUGUUGUCAUCAUAGGAAAUGGACCCAGCGGGAUAUGCUUGUCGUAUAUGUUCGCCGGAAACUGGCCUUACUACACUGGGGAACCUCAUCCUGGCGAUGAUAUGUUAACGGCGCGAUUGCGGUUCUGCACGAUCAACAACGAGGAGUGCGACAAUGCGCCGAAUGACGCGAACACUGACGUAACCACCAACAAUCAUCAUCAUCAGUGCUCUAAGCCCAGUGUCGGCAGGGCGCAAGGAGGUGGGCUGGCACGCAGCACACGCUGCAAACUCGAAUGCCUAUCCUCCGGUAUCGAAGGCAGAGGCGGCGGUCGACCACUAGCCCUUCUCAUGGACCAGCUGCAGCAUCCAUGCGUUGACGCCGGCUUCGAUGUGACUUCGCUCCUCGAUUGGAAGUCCGCUGACGAGCAUUCCGAGCACACGAUCGUGGACCACGUUGUCCUUGGCAAGGGCCAGCCAGGCGGUGCUUGGCAGUCUAUGGACCCCAAUGUAUUAACUAUCAGUCUAAGUCGAUGGAUGUCACUCCCCGACUUGGAUUUGAGGCAUUGGGAGAAACUCGUUGAGGUCGAACAGUUACAAAAAUCGGUUCUAACCACAGAAAAUAAUGUGUAUGCACGACUGGAAAAACUGAGUGUUUGUAAGGCGUCUAGUCGAGUUUCCGUGGGCACCGUAGCGGCUUAUUACAAAGACUACGUGCGCAGGAAAGGCCUGAAACAAUACUUCCGAUGCGGGACCACAGUUACUUCAGUAAGACCGAACUCGGACUCGCCCGAGAGCAAAGGAGGGUACAACUGGAUAGUAGAUGGAUAUGAGAAUAAAAGUGGAAAGCGAUUUAGGUAUCGAUGCAAAAGAGCGAUUCUUGCAACCGGCACAACCGAUUUAUCGAAUCAUCUGGACAUCCCAGGGGAAGACACAAAUCCCAAAUGGGUGACGCACGAUCUCAAUGAUCUGGAAACACAAUUAGGACGUUUAAUCGGCGAUCAUGACAAGGAUUCGACCGACGAACAGAUUCCACCUGUGUUAGUAAUUGGAGCUGGUCUGAGUGCGGCCGACGCGAUUAUGGCUGCGCGCUUUCGAGGUAUACCUGUACUGCACGCAUUCCGCAAUUCAUUGAACGAGUGGGGCAAACAGACCGAAAGGAUAACAACUAGUUAUGAUCGACUGCAAUGGUUGCCGGAUUCCAUAUAUCCGGAGUAUCAUAAGGUGUACGAGAUGAUGGCUGAUGGAGGUACAAAUUAUCCUUUAUACAAAUCAUUACCAGGGUACACGCUCGUCAGCCUCAGUGAGAAUCAUGAAAAUGAAAGUACGAGCGCAAGGAGGACAGUCACUCUUUCUGCUCCAGACGGUCAGCUGCACACGUUUGAAGUAUCCAUUGCGGCUAUUCUUAUUGGAUACAAACCAGACCUAUCGUACUUAGAAGGUGGCGGCAUGGGAUUGGGUAAAUUCAAGGAUAAACCAAUCGAUAGUAAAUCAAAUCCAAUUGAAAUCGACGAUUUUACAUAUGAGGUGACCAACGCGCCGAUAAAGGGACUUUACGCAUUAGGACCUCUAGUUGGUAAUAAUUUUGUUCGCUUUGUUUUGGGCGGUGCGCUUGGAAUUUUGGCCCACAUUCUAUGUACCACAAACGCCUGAGAGAUUGAUCUGACAGCCACUUGCAAGACACGAUCGUAUCUUAGCAAAAUUAUUUUGUAUAUAGAAAAUAAUGGCAUCUUGUAACUUCUGCUCAAUUCAUGUGAGUGCUAAACGACUAUUGCUUAGUUCUUAACAUUUAUACAAAGAGUUUGUUCGGUAAAUCUGUUUGUACAUACUAUUAAAAUUAUUUUUAUAUUCCUUUCCAUAUAUAUUACCCUUCGCAAGGAAACGACCGAUUUUUAAGUGUACAUAACUAUUUAAGUGUUCCGUCGAAAUAUCUCCUAGUAAAUGAGCAAAAGAAUCCUUACAAUGUUUACUCAGCGAGAGUAUUAUAGUGACUUACAACGUGCGGAAAAAGAUGACAGUUCAAACUACCUUAGAUCUAUUUUAGAUCUGUUUGUGCUUGUUAACAUUCCAUUUAAUAGGAAACUUGUCUAUGGGAGAUAGAUAGUAUUAAUAAUAUGACUUGUAUCUAAAUUUGAUAAUUGUCAUAUUGACAAAUUUGUCAUGACUAUACAUUACAGAUUUCUCCAUAAAUACACCCUAGAUUCUAAAUUUUAUUCACACAGAGUAUAUAUAUUAUUAAUUAAUCUUUAGAACACCGUAAAGUUUUUUUCUUAAAUCACUCAAAUUUCGCUUUGUUGAAAUCAGUAAAAUAUGAUUUCAAAAAGUUAUAACAUUUUGCGGCCCUCUAAAGGUUAAUACGUAAUUGUUGGAAUGUCUAUAUUGUAAUGAGUUUCGUAAAAAAAAACCGAAUAAUACAACGAAACUCUAAACAUAAAUUCUAAUAUUAUGUACUUAGGAUUAAUCUGUGUUUGCGUUUUUACAAUUAAGUUAAUUUUUUACUGCACAUUUACUUAUACACGGUUUAUGUAUAGGAAUAUCUUUAAUACUUUUUAUUCUGAUGAAAUUAGAAUAUUUAUAUAUCAUUACUAGAAUGGCCGGACAAUUGUGCUUAUCCGAACGCACAAGCAUUUUUGCAUUGCACUUUAAUCUUACAUUAUAUCUUUAUUUUCUGACAUUUUGUAAAUGAGAAUACAUUACACGAAACGAAUCGGAUAAUUAUCACAUCUUAAUUUUUACGUAACAUCUUCAAUCCGCCGUGUAAUAUGCCUUUACAUCUCUUAUUGAUAAGCUGUGAUUACUUUAAUGAAAUAGGCUAGUAACGCUCUGUUAUUAAUGUAAGCUAUAUAUGUAUGUAAUACCUUUUUAGUACAAAAUGUUUCCACACACAUAAAACUUAAUUUUUAUUAACUUAAAGCGAUGCUGGAAUCGUCUGUAUUACUGACAAAAAUACAAUUUUGUUAAACAAGUUAUAUAUACUUUGUAUUGGUUUUACAGAAAUAUAAUUCCUUUUAGGGAAAAAUACAUUAAAAUACACAUGCUAAUGUACACAGCUGGUUCAUUUUUUGCCAAAAAUAGGCAACAAUUUUUAAAUUACAUUUUCUUAUCGAUCUUUACUUUAAUAUAGCGACCAAAACUGUCAAUUCACAAAUAUAUUUAUUUUUAUGGAAAUGUUGUGCAGAUUAUUUAUGUGAAAUAAAGGCACAAUCAGGUGUAGGAUAAAUGAAUGAAUAAUGUUGAGUCGUUAAACUUAAGUCGGGAAGCCUAAUUUAAGAGAAUAGAAUGUUUGAUAAAUUAUGUGUACGUAAGAUCUCGAUGUAGUAGUAUGUAAGAAGCUGAUGUUUCUUAAAUUUUAUGUAUAUUGUAAAUCAUACAUGUAUAAAUCGAAUUCAUCGGUAAAAUAUGACGACUCCAGCAUACUCAUCUUAAUAGUUUUUAUCUACACUUAACUUUCAAACGGCGCGUCUUAUUAUUUAUAUUUUACGUAGUUUUCUUUAUGAUAUGCGAUCUAUAAUUAUGUAUAAUUGCGCGUUAAUUAAGUUUUACACGUUAAUUAAGUUAGUUAAAUUUAUUUAGACUACAGCUAAAGAUUGGUAAAAAAAGAGAAAUGUAUUUUUCAUAAUUUUAUUAUAUUUUAAAUGCAGAUUUUUAUAUUGAUAUCAUUAUGAAAAUGCGAGAAAUUUUUUGGUUACGUUAAACGUGCUGUAUGUAAACUUAUAUGUUAAUGUGUACUGUAACAGAGCCUAAAACAUAUUUAAUAUAAUGUUACGAGAUAAAUUUGAUAUUAGCUGUAAGACGAGGUAGCAUAUAUAAAAGAUGAAGUAAAUAUUGAAACGUAUCUAUAGUAUAGCAAGGUGUGGUUUUUAGAAGUUUUAUUGAUACGAAAGUUGAUAUAUAUUGAUAUUAGCUAAAUGACGACAGGGAUACGUAAUGGAUACAAGAAUACUUAAUAUGCAAUCUGUGAUAGGAAAUGCAAUGUUCAAGAAGAUGCAAUGAAAUAGAAGAGACUACAAAUAAAUCUUGAGCACAUUAUAUUUGGUAGAUACAUAUUUUUACAUGCAGGACGAGGAAUCGAUUUAUAUAACAAGUAGUCUAUGAUUUUUAUUUAAAUUAAAAAUGAAAGAAAUCGUCUGCCUAUCUUGAAGGAACGGCAGCGGACAAUCCCAUUUGUUACGUUAAAAGGCUGUGUUCAGCAGAAAAAGCAGAUUUAUGAUUGUAAGAUUCUUUGACAAAACUGGUUCUUGCUCUUAGUUCCUGCCAGAUCUGAAUGUAUAAAUCAGGGUGUAAAAAUCAUAUAUUUUUUUAAACAUUGUAUUUUUUGUUUAACAUGUUUUUUUAAUGAGUUAAAUAUGUUUUAAACAUAUAAUAUAAUGCUACAUUACACGUUUAAAAUAUAAUUAUUAUCAUCCUUAAUAUAAAUAAAACAUAUUAAAGAAUUUUAUAAUCGCAAAGCUACUUUUUCUGCUGAACGCAGCCAAAAUAUUCAGUGUAAAAUACUAGAAGAAAAUCUUAUUCUGAAAAAACAAUUUAUAAUACCUUAUAUAGACCAUUCUGUAUAUGUAUGACACAAGAAAAUAAACAGUUCACGAGAUUUAAAUCAA